CACUCCCUUGCGCACCAUUCUCUGCCCUUGCCCUUUGACGACCUCCCCAAGCUCCUUUAAUAUUUUGCAGACUUGCUCUUCAGCCACAUUGCUUCAUUUGCUGCAUCCAUCGCCCGAAGAUCCCCCUCUUAAGCAUCGCAACACCAUCCAGCGACGAUAUUCGAGCACGACUCCAACUGCCAACUCAACAAGAGCACUCGAUCGACCCAAUCAAUCGAUCACCCCACUUGCCUCGCGACGGCACAUUGUCGCGCACUGCUCUGAACGACAUUAUCACAUCUUUGCCUCUGCUUCCUUCUCUGCUGUUUCUAAUCUCAACGUAGGGGACUCAUUCACACAUCCCUUACACCUUGCACUGCACACAACAUGCAGGCCUCCGGCAGCUUCUCGCAGCUGCGCACUGGCCGCCCACGUCCAGCUGACCUCAUCUCUCCCCAUCGCAUCUCUUCCUCCGAGUCUCAGCCAUGGCCCUCGCCAUCCUUCAACGCAUCCCACGGUGCCUCUUCGCAUGCCAAAGGCACCGCGAUGCAAGUGGACGCGGAUCCCAUGCGACCCAGCUCCAAGCUGCUCGGUCUACGCAGCCCCAUCUCCAUCGACGGAUUGCCUCCCACGCCCGUCACCGCUGGUCUCAGGCUGUCACCCUUGCACAUCAACUCCCAUGGCGCGAGCGGUUCCGCAUCGAACAACGCCGAUGCUAGUCUCGCUGACGGUAGCCAACAGCGCACCAAACUUCCCGGAUUGUCCAGCAUGAUCUCCAAUUCUGGCCUUGACUCGCCUCCACUCUCGGCCCGACCUCCCGUCGAAGCUAUACGCGACCGUCAGAUCAGCGGCGAGAGCGACCCAAGCGAUAAGGAGGUGCUACAAGACGAGGAGCACAUCGUGCCAGCUUCAUGCCCUGCGGAUGUUGCAGCGCCCAGGACCAGCGCUACCGGCAUUUUCCCUGGACUUGAGGCCGAGUGGACUCGACCUGGCUACAACCGUAGCUCUUCCGACGUUGCGGUGCCCCGCGCUCCUCGUAUCGGCUACGCUGCCCUACCUCCGGGCCCCAGCGCCAGCUGGGCGACUCCCAACGACCAGGCGGGACCUUCUGAUGAAGCUGUCCGCGCUCGCAGAUGGAUGGACAUGCCAAGAGAUGAGGGCAUCAAGGGCUUGGGCUUGUCCCUCUCUGCAAGCCGCUCUUCCAACCCUGCGCAAGGAUCUCCGACAGACUUGACCCCUCGCCUUGGAUCAUUCAGCAUGAACUCGCCUAUGGCUACACCGAUGGUCGGAGGUAUGCCUCGUUCCGCUCGUCAAAUGCCCGGCGCUCCCAACCUCCACGCCUCGUCUGGUCGUUUCGAAGACCUUCUGCCUACCAGCCCACCUUCGGCCUCUUUUGCUUCGUCUAAUUGGAACACUGACUUGCGCUUCGAAGGUCAACCACACACGGCUCCUCCAGCGACCGCCCCUUCUUGGACGCCAAGAGCUGUCCGAGCGGCAGAGAUGGAACGAGAACGUACGGUACAAAUCGAAGGUGGCAUGCCUCACAGCCAAGGACUGCAAGGUCUAGGUGUGAGGUUUGUGCUUCCUCCAGUCAGCGCGACCAUUGAUCCCCACUUCUCUCGCGCCGCGCCUCAAGCUCCACUCCGAGAUGUCAUGGCUGAGCCGGACGAGGUCUCGCAGAUGGCAAGCGCAAGCCUCAAGCGAAGUUCCAGCUCGACUUCCUUCUCCCAGCGCUCGACCGGUCUGACGCCCCACAUUGAGAAGACCAGACUGACACCCUACAGCGCAGGAGGACGUCCUAAGCAGGGCAAUGCAGGAAGCCCACCUGCUCGGACUGGCUCUUCAACGGCAGCUGAAGGCGAUACUGCAGAGACCAGUCCUGCGCUGCGCACCCAGAGCAAAGCUCGUUCUGAUCUUUUGCGCGAGAGCGCCCUGGCUGCUGCCGCUUCGCUACCUUUCGAAGGCUUCACCGGCAGCGCAGCCGCGGCCACCACUGCAAGUCCAACCAAGCCUUCGUCGCGCAACGCUAAGCAGCCAGGCGACGCUAUGGAGCUCGCCUCUUCGCCACUAGUCCCCAGCGACAGACGCUCUGUCAGUCCUCAAGGCCGCAAGCGCAGUGUGGAAGAGCUCGAGGUUGCAUCCGCAUUAAUGAAGAGCGCGCCUGCUGCGUCUGGCAAAGCGGAUCUGUCUCCCUGGGGAGUAUUUGACCUGUCUUCUCCCAACGAGGGGAAUAGCUGGACUCCACUUGGUCCGCCUGUAGCAUGCGCCAAUGGCAAAGGAGUUCUCGGCUCCACCAACGCCAACGUGGGCAAAUCGAGUAGAGGCGCCUCUUUGGGCAAAGGCAAAGCUCGCAUGAUCGACGCUCAGCCGAGCAAAAAGUCUAGCAAAAAGAUUCGUCGAGGUCAUCGUGGAGAGGACAAGGAGAAUGCGUCUUCUGAAAGUGGAGAUAGCACCACGCAUCAUCCUCGUAGUCGAUCUGGUUCUCAGCACCGACACGUCGCACCAGGUGCCAAGGACGUUUUCGGGUCUGCGACCAACAGCCCAGCGCUCGGUGGCGCAGGAGCUGUGAGACGAUUCGUCGGUAUCCGCUGAGCCAGCGGGACGCCCGAACGCCCUUUUGCAAUUGGCGAACCCAUCUUGAAAGUUCUCAUCAUCCUAGUUGGCCCUCCCGCCCAAUCGCA